GGGGCGUGCUCCGAGCGGGAGGGCGGGGCCGCUGGGAGUCGCCGAGCGGGUCAGGCCGCGCCGCCGCUGCGGGGCCAUGAUCCGGAACGGGCAUGGCGCGGCGGGCGGUGCAGAGCCGCCGGGUCCGGAGGGCAAGCGCGCCGUGCGAGUGUGGUGCGACGGCUGCUAUGACAUGGUGCAUUAUGGCCACUCUAACCAGCUGCGCCAGGCAAGGGCCAUGGGCGACUACCUCAUCGUGGGUGUACACACCGAUGAGGAGAUCUCCAAGCACAAGGGGCCCCCAGUCUUCACUCAAGAGGAGAGGUACAAGAUGGUGCGGGCCAUCAAGUGGGUAGACGAGGUGGUGCCUGCAGCUCCCUACGUGACCACGCUGGAGACGCUGGACAAGCACAACUGUGACUUCUGUGUGCAUGGCAAUGACAUCACGCUGACCAUAGAUGGCCGUGACACCUACGAGGAAGUGAAGCAAGCCGGGAGGUACAGAGAGUGCAGGCGCACCCAGGGCGUGUCCACCACGGACCUCGUCGGCCGCAUGUUGCUGGUGACCAAGGCCCAUCACAGCGGUCACGAGAUCUCCUCAGAGUACCGGGAGUAUGCAGACAGCUUCGGCAAGUGCCCUGGGGGGCGGAACCCCUGGACAGGGGUGUCCCAGUUCCUGCAGACGUCUCAGAAGAUCAUCCAGUUUGCUUCGGGGAAGGAACCCCAGCCAGGGGAGACUGUCAUCUAUGUGGCCGGUGCCUUCGACCUGUUCCACAUCGGCCACGUGGACUUCCUGGAGAAGGUGCACGGCCUGGCCAAGAGGCCAUAUGUCAUCGCCGGCUUGCAUUUUGACCAGGAGGUCAACCACUACAAGGGGAAGAACUACCCCAUCAUGAACCUUCAUGAGCGGACCCUGAGCGUGCUGGCCUGCCGGUACGUGUCAGAAGUGGUGAUCGGGGCCCCCUAUGCGGUCACAGCAGAGCUCCUGGACCACUUCAAGGUGGAUCUGGUAUGUCAUGGGAAGACAGAAAUCAUGCCGGACAAGGAUGGCUCAGAUCCUUACCAGGACCCUCCAGGCCCAGGCAGCUCCAGAGGAGGGCCGUCAUUACCUCCCCCUACCCUCUGGCCUCCAGGAGCCCAAGAGAAGGGGCAUCUUUUGCCAGAUCGACAGCGGGAACGACCUGACCACGGACCUCAUUGUUCAGCGCAUCAUCAAGAACAGGCUAGAGUACGAGGCCCGGAACCAGAAGAAAGAGGCCAAGGAGCUGGCUUUCCUGGAGGCCAGGAGGCGGCAGGAGACGCAGCGUGAGAGAGAGCGCGACUGUGACUUCUGAGCAGUGAGCGGUCACCCGCGUGCCCUCGGGCCAGCCCCUCCUGCUCUCCUUCCCACGCCUCGAGGGUCUGGUGUGUAACAAAGCUGCCGCACUGCCUCUCCACCUGGCCUGCUCUUGGAAGGGCUAGAGCCGAGGGCACUGCCCCCACCCUGCCUGCCCAGAGGCUUUCCCGCUGAGUCGCACAGAGAGGGCAGCCGGCACAGACGAGCGGCCCAGCGGGCACCUUUCGCCAGCGGGGAACCACCCUGCGAGCUGGUGAAGGCCUGGCUUCUGCUCCCCCCCAAGCCCCUGCAGACCCAGGACACCCCCACCACCUGGCAUUUUCCGCCGUCCAGGCCUCAUUGGAAGCCAGCUUUGGGGGAGCAGUGACCUGAAGGGGGCACCCCCUUUCCUCCUCAGGACACAGGCUGUGCCGCUUCCCAUGUGGGCUCCCUGGUGCCCUGGGGCUGGCUCUUGGGCACUGUGCCCCCUGCUUCCCAGGCCAGCCUUCCUGCUCUCCCCACAGACUGCUCUCAGUUUUGUAUCUGACCGGCUGGGGUACGACCAAAUAAACCUGGCGGGAGCUA